AUGAGGCUCUCACUGUGGCUGUCGGCCGUGCCGGCACUGCUGGCCGCCUUUGCAGCAUCGCCUGUCGCUGCCGAGCACACCAGCAACUGGGCGGUGCUCGUGUGCACGUCCCGCUUCUGGUUCAACUACCGACACCUCGCCAAUGUGCUCUCCGUCUACCGAACUGUCAAGCGGCUGGGCAUUCCCGACUCGCAGAUCAUCCUCAUGCUGCCCGACGACAUGGCUUGCAACCCGCGCAACGCUUUCCCAGGCACCGUCUACUCCAAUGCCGACCGCGCCGUCGACCUGUAUGGCGACAACAUCGAGGUCGACUACCGCGGCUACGAGGUCACGGUCCAGAACUUCAUCCGCCUGCUGACCGACCGAGUUGGCGACGAGAUGCCCCGCAGCAAGCGGCUGCUGACCGACGACCGCAGCAACGUGCUUGUGUACAUGACAGGCCAUGGCGGCAACGAGUUUCUCAAGUUCCAGGACGCCGAAGAGAUUGGCGCGCUCGACCUGGCCGACGCCUUUGAGCAGAUGUGGGAGAAAAAGCGCUACCACGAGAUCCUCUUCAUGAUCGACACGUGCCAGGCGAACACCAUGUACAGCCGUCUGUACUCGCCCAACAUUAUCGCCACCGGCUCCUCGGAGCUCGACCAGUCCUCCUACUCCCACCACGCCGACAACGACGUCGGCGUCGCCGUAAUCGAUCGGUAUACGUACUACAACCUCGAGUUCCUCGAGAACGAGGUGCGCGAUCUCGGCAGCAAGAAGACCGUCGGCGACCUGUUCGACUCGUACGACUACGAGAAGAUCCACUCGCACGCCGGUGUACGCUAUGACCUGUUCCGCGGCGGCGCUCCCGAAGCGCGCAGCCGGCUGGUCACUGACUUCUUCGGAAAUGUCCAGAACGUCGAGGUGGAUGGCGGUGUUGCAGGCAGCGGAAGCAACGGCAGAAACUCGACACUCGAUGAGGACCUCCUGGCCCUGAGCAAGACGAUCGCCGAGCUCCAGAAGCGGGCCAAGGAAGAAGAGGAGGAGAGCGAGGCCAAGGCAGCAGCAGCCAAGGCCGCACAAGGAAACGCAUCGUCUGACAAGCAGCAGACCGUUGGCCGUGGUCCUGUUGUCAACCACAAGAUCCAGUCGGCGAAACCACUCACCGAUGACAACUGGUGGACCAAGAAGGUUGUCGGCGCGACGACAUUGGCAGGGUGUGCGCUGCUCUGGGGCCUAAGCUCGUUCCUGGAGGCGUGA